AGGAAUGAGUAAUGGAGUAAUUCAGCUUGUAAUAAGACCCCGCAGGGUGGUCUACCAAAGUUAUGCGCGUACAUGCUGCACUGUACACGUCGAGAUUACAGUAAAUGCAUUACUGCCUUUAGUAGCUUUAACAUAUGUUACAGGUGAUAACUGUCAUUGCCCCAGAUAUUAUUGUCAAAUAAACUAACAGACACUUGUUGCCGGAGUCUGCAUAAAGGAGGGAUCUGUAGGAAACAUCUGUAGCAGGGAGCAGGACUUUCUCUCUCCUCCGGAAGACUGAAGCAGCUGCAGAAACGUGAACGAGGCACAGCUAUGUUGGGUGUCCUCGUCCUUCUGUCCCUCACCUCCCUGGUGGCCCUGGUGCCUUCUCAUGUCCCCUGCAGGCACUGCUGUGAUCCCCUGGAGACACCAGAGGGCAGCGGAGCCCAGCCUCCCACAGAAACACAGAUCAGCCAUGUGCCCGAGAUCCGCACCUACAUCAACAUGACCAUCCUCAAAGGUGACAAAGGAGAGCGUGGCGACAGAGGAACUCUGGGUAAAGCUGGACCAGAAGGCCCUCCAGGCUCCAGAGGUCCCAUGGGCUCAAAAGGCACUAAAGGCCAGUCAGGUCUCCCAGGAGACCCCUGCAAAGUCCAGUACUCCGCCUUCUCCGUCGGCCGUCGCAAAUCCCUCCACAGCCUGGAGUCCUACCAGGCGAUUGUGUUUGACACAGUCUUUGUCAACCUGGACGACCACUUCAACAUGUUUAAUGGGAAAUUCCUCUGCCACGUCCCGGGGAUCUACUUCUUCAACGUCAACAUCCACACGUGGAACUUCAAAGAGACAUAUCUGCACAUCAUGCACAACGACACUGAGCAGGCCAUCGUGUACGCCCAGCCCAGCGACCGCUCCAUCAUGCAGAGUCAGAGCCUGAUGCUGGAGCUGAAGCUGAAGGACGAGGUGUGGGUCCGCCUAUACAAGAGGGAGAGGGAGAACGCCAUCUACAGUGAUGACGUAGAUGUCUAUAUCACUUUCAAUGGAUACCUCGUCAAAGGUAGCGCAGAGGGAAACUGAGAAAGACGAGGCCGAGCAUGAGACUGUUGAGCUCAGUUGGAUAGAAAGCAAACUGACGCGGCUGAAGAAUGCAAUUCACUGUAAAGUAGAUUCUAUAUUUAGAUUAAAAAGGAGGUUCAGCAUGCUCCACCGUGGCCGUAAAAUCAAAAUGGAGGAUGAGUAAUUACUCUUUGAGAAAAUGUGAAGGAAUAAACUGAAUACGCUCAUCACCCUAAUAGAAAGCAGAUUAAUUCUCUUUAUACUUCAUACAUGUCACAGCAACAUGCAUGGUUACAUUAAAGGAAUUGUCCAACAGUUUGAGAAAUAUGCCUAUUAGUGUUCUGGCAGAGAGUUAGACGAGGAGAUUAAUAACACUAAUACUGGAACCAGGAACCGGUUAGCUUAGCUUAGCAUAAAGCAGGAACAUUGUUAAACAGAGGUAACAAAAUGUUGUCUGUUAAAUUUGUACAAAAUCAAAGUUUAAAAACAACAACAAGGUUUAUGUGCCCGACCAUUUCUUGGCUGGGAGCAGAGAAAACUUGCCAUAACAAAGAAGAAAUAACAUGUUAAUGCUGCAUCUAUUUCGAUGGUAAUAACGUCAUUUUUAAACCGAAAAUAGAAAAUUUUUAAUGUGUUUAAUUUCAGUGGCAGAAAAUUAAAAUUAAAAGAGUGAAUUUAAGUAUUCUUGUGUAAUAGUAUAGGGUACGAAAACUACAUGGAGUGAGUUAACAGAAUCAAUGCUAUCUGUUGUCGAGUUUUGUAUGUGGUGCUAAAUCUUGGUGCUAACUGAACCUUUGUUGUGUAAACAUGAGAAAAUGUCUUAAUCUGGUGGAAAAUAGUAAAGAAUACAAUUUUCAACCCAAGAGUGAAAGUCUGAUACAAUGGAAAGCAUGAGUGUGUGCUGAAUUGGCCGUGGGAUCACAAGCUGAGGUUGAACUUCCAAAAACCUCACACUCUUGCCAAAAAGUUAUGCCAAAUGCCAAAUGUAUUAACAUAGCCAAAAAUGAUUUGAAUGAAAAAUUGAAAUUGAAAAGCCAAAAAUGUCCCUAGAGAGGCAUAAGGGUUAAAGUGUACUAGAAAGUUUGCCAGAAGGUGCUGAUUAACCCCCCCACCCCCCGCCUCCCCCUCACCUCCCUCCAUUUUUUAAAAAUGAUAUCAUGUAAAUAUGAUAUAAACUAUGCAUUGUACAUAAACUGCAACACAAAGCAGCAUUCCUGCUAUUAACUUCUAUUAACUUCUAUUGAGGAGUUCGACAUGUGGCGCUUUUAUGUAGUUCCUCACUGUGACCACUGGAGGGCCAAACACAGCGGGGUUAAUGCAAAACCCGUUUUCAUCAAAGAUGUAUUAAUUAAUGCAGUUAUUAAAAUUGUAUAAUACUUUUAUUUGUAGUAAUACCACUAAUUUACAGUUUGAACAUGGUUUUACUAAUAAUGUGUAUACUGUUAUUAACGUUGUGUUUUAGUCACAAAUCCAACGCAGUUCCUCACGGUGACCACUGGAUGGGAAUAGUGCACUCGGGAUUUUACUACUACUACAUUUUUGGUAAGAACUUUCAAAAUAAAAGCAAAACAGACGUUUCUGUUUAUUUGAAGGCUUA